GCUCAGCUGCAGACGCGGCAGCCCCGACCAGCGUAAAACUGCUGGCUGUGGGGGCCGCUGGUCAGGUCCUUGGCCAGGAUGAGCAUGCACACCACACAGGAGUGGGUGCAACAUGCGCAGUACAACAUGUACUCAGCGCAGAGCACACACCGGAAGGCCAUGGAUCAGCAGGACCGAUCCAACAGGACCCAUGGCGAGGUGAUGUCCGACAACAUGGGCAUGUACAAUGAGCUGCAUACCUCCCUGGAGCAGAAGGUGAAGACGUCGCAGCGCCUCUUGGACAAGUUGCUGCACCGUGCGCAGUCUGUGGAGAACUCCCUGCAGCACACUAGGCAGACCCUGCAGAAGCUGGAGGAGGCCCUGGCCGCCAAGGAGGCGCCGCUGGCGCUCUGCACCUGGCGCAUGGAGCAGCGAGAACGCCGGCCGCUCCGGGAGCAGGUGCGCGACACCGUGGAGGUGUGCCUGGAGGUGGAGAAGGCCGCGCUGGUGGAUGCUCAAAGGAAGUUAAAGGACUUUAUCAAGAAGACCAAGGCGACCAUCGCGGCCUUGGAAAGCAAGUUAGAGGAGGUCCGGCACGACAUUGCGCAGAAGACACAGGCUUUAUCCGUUGACGAGCUGUGCCUACGAACCACGUCACGGAGCUUUGAUCAAGUUGCGGAGCGCUCCAUCCAGCGCCCCACUGGCAGCCCCUCCCGCAACAUGCCCCCGUCCACGCACGCGCGGCGGCGGACGGCCGGGGCCCAGGCUGCCCGGCACGAGGUGGCCUCCCAUGAGAGUGCCCGCAACGAGGUGCUGCGGCAGCAAGAGGCACUGCGUCUGAACCAGUCGGCGGUGCAUCGGGAGGAGGCCGCCAAGGAGCUGCGGGAGGAGGCCAGCAAGCUGGUGCAGCGCCUGGCGCGCGCCGCGGAGGAGGCAACGUCCAAGUCGGACAAGUCCAUGAAGGACCGGGUCAACGAAAAUCAGCAGAUGAGGAGGCGCCUGGAGCAAGAGCUCAGGGAGACCUGCAACCAGAUCAACAUGACCAAGGGCACCAUCCAAGACACAAAGUCGCAGAUCCGCUCCUUGGAGGAGCCCAUGGAGUUGACCUCGACCUGCGCCUCGUGGCGCAAGCAGCGGGCUACCAAAGAGCACAUCCACGACCCCGUGACAACCACGAUUCAGGAGCACCAGAUGACGCUCCUCCGGUGCCACGAGGAUUUGCGGCAACACCAUCAGAACGAGAAGACGAUUUUGCAAGAGCUGCAAGAGAAGAAGGAGCAGCUGAAGGAAGAUCUCCGCGAUAAGACAGCUGCUCUUCACAUCGACCUCAACUGCCUCACGCAUGAGGCGACAUGUCUGAACGGCAAGCCAAGCCCGGCCAUCAGCCGGCAGCGGCUUCCCAAGGCCAUGAAGGUUGAUCCCACCUUCGUUCCAAAUCCAGGCCACACCAUGAUUGUGCAGAUGCCACUCACAGCGCGGUGAAGUGGGCAGGAGAAGACAACACCCUGAUGAGUGGGAUGUGUCGGGUUCAGUUGGAACCUUUUGCAGCUUUCCGUGGCAUUUGAGCGAGUGGCAAGGGGACAAGAAUCCACAGAAACCGAGGACUAGGUGGUCCUCGUUGUUCCUAUCCCUCGCAUCAAACGCCAGGAGGCAGACCUUGGAUAGAAGCUCAGCAAGAGGUAACCUCUGUCUGAGCGAAAGAGCGUGAGUGCUUCUGAGCAAAACCUGAG